UAGCUCCACCGUUAGCCGCUGCGCGCACACGCUGCCAUUUCUGAGCCCCACUCCAAUGGCUGCAGGUCCCGGCUAAUCCCUGGAGCGGGAAACUUUCAUGACCGGGCCGAACUAAGUCCCGGCGGCUACUCCUUCGCCAUCGUAGCGAUACUAACGUGGUCCGGACAGGCUGUGUAGGUAGAGGGAGUCGGCUGAGCGUGCAGACAUGUCGGGUCGCUCCGCUGCAGAGAUGGACGACUCGCAGGAGCUGCCGGAGCUGCCGUCAAAGAAAGCCAAGCUUGACAUCGAUGGUGGACUGGAGAAAGAUUCCAGUGGUCUGGGGGGCGAUGGGAGUCCAGCUGCUGGUUUAGGUCCUUCAGAGCAGGAGAACUCAUAUUCUGCGCUGUCCACCGCUCAGCUGGAUCCAGACGACCAGGAGCAGUCGGACAUCAACAGAGGAGCAGCGUCUCAGGACUGUGGCGACACGAUGAACUCAUACGCACAUUCUGCCACAGAUCCAACGGGCACUUCUGAAUACACCCAACAGGUUUAUCAAGGAAGCAAUCCCGCGGUGACGGCGUACACCGGUCAGAUGGGAUUUCCUCCUCUGGUCCAGUCCACUGUGUACUCGGCCUUCCCCCAGACGGGCCAAACCUACGGCCUCCCACCGUUUGGCUCCAGUUUUACAACAUCCAGUGUGUACUCCAACAUCCCCUCAGCCACAGCCACCACCACGGCCUCCACCACAGCGACCCAACAGGAAUUCAGCAGCUACAACUCUCUGGGUCCCAGUCAGUUCUCCCAGUACUACACUCUGCCUCCCAGCUACGUCCCGGCUGGGCUGGCCAGCAGUGACGAGCAGGGGGCGGGUGUGGCCGGAUACUCGGCUGUGAAGUCAGAGGAGGCCGCCUCAGCCGGACUUCCUCCCAGAGAUGCCUCUCCACCAGAGAACCUCCCAGUAGGAGCAGCUCUUCCCAUUAGCGUGGCGCUCCCUGCUGAUGCCAGGGAGCAGGACGAGGUCGGCCGCAGGAACUCUGUUGGGAAAGCUAAAGGAAAAGGGAAGAAGUCCGAGAACUCCCCACCGGCGGACAGCGACCUGGAGCGUAUUUUUCUGUGGGAUCUGGAUGAGACCAUCAUCAUAUUCCAUUCACUGCUCACUGGUUCCUACGCACAGAAGUUUGGCAAGGACCCAGCGACGGUGUUGAACCUGGGUCUGCAGAUGGAGGAGCUGAUCUUCGAGCUGGCCGACACUCAUCUUUUCUUCAAUGACCUGGAGGAAUGUGAUCAAGUCCAUGUUGAGGACGUGGCUUCUGAUGACAAUGGCCAGGACCUGAGUAACUACAACUUCUUGGCCGAUGGCUUUAAUGGUCCCAGUGGUGGAGGAGCAACAGGAACCACAACCGGAGUCCAGGGGGGAGUGGAGUGGAUGCGUAAACUGGCCUUCCGAUACCGCCGGCUAAAAGAGAUCUACAACAGCUACAAAGGAAGUGUUGGAGGUCUGUUGAGUCCGAUGAAGCGGGAGCUGCUCGGACGACUUCAGUCUGAGAUCGAGAACGUGACGGACGCGUGGCUCAGCACGGCGCUCAAGUCUCUGCUGCUCGUCCAGUCCAGGGGGAAGUGCAUGAACGUGUUGGUCACCACCACUCAGCUCGUCCCUGCACUGGCGAAGGUCCUGCUCUACGGACUGGGAGACGUCUUCCCCAUCGAGAACAUCUACAGUGCAACCAAAAUAGGUUCAGAUCCCAAUACAGAGCCCAAAAUCUGCAUUAUAUCUCUGCUAAAGUCCGUCAUUAACAGAAAAGCUGUAUCUUUUUCUCUCCUUGCAGGAAAAGAAAGUUGCUUUGAGAGAAUCAUUUCUCGCUUCGGGAAGAAAGUUACUUACGUGGUGAUCGGAGACGGUCGAGACGAAGAGUUUGCAGCAAAACAGCACAACAUGCCUUUCUGGAGGAUCUCCACUCACGGCGACCUCGUGUCCCUGCACCAAGCGCUGGAGCUCGACUUCCUGUAGAGGAGCGGCUGCGCUGAAUGUCGUUAACACUAAAAGGGAAAACGUGUUCGUCGUCCUGUUGGCUCAUGGAGAUGCACUGCGUGAAAAAAUCCUUCAGAACCCCAACAAUACACACUCGCAUUUUAGAAUCUGCUCUAAAGGACGACUCGGUGUGUGACGGUCGAUGUUCUGAGACGGACGUUUGGGUCGGAGCUGAUUGUGAGUGACAGACUGAACGCAUCAAGGUUCCUCACGUCUGGCAGCCCCGCCCCCUUUCGGCAGCUAACCUCACCACGGCUGAGACUGGCACUGAUUUGGAAACAGAAGGGAAGACAGAUUUGAACUUUCUCCUCCUCCUCGGUCUUUGGCCUCAUUUUCUUUUGUUCAAUAUCAAAAAUCUCCUGCAGUAAACGCUCUCCUGUUUAUUUUGUAUAUUUCUUUUUCCUUCUGGAUAUUGACAACCAAAGGGCCCUUCUUCUUAAAUGUCCUUCUCUUGUGGAGUAGUUGUAGCUUUUUAUUUAGACCCUGUAUUAUUUGAAAGAAUAAUAUCAAAGCAAACAUUGGGUUGUUUUGCACUCGUUCAAAGACUUGAAGGCUUCACUUUGCAGUUUCCUCUGCAAAUCACUGACUUUCUAGUUUCUGACCAUCAUCAAGAAUCAAAUUAUAAUGUUUGUAUUUGAGUCGGGUUUUUAACACAAGGUACGAGACGUCUGCUGCCCCCCCCCCCC